AUGUCGCAAACUCGCAAGCCCGAAAGGACGCACGACGCAAUCACCUCCGGCACGACGAUGGCCACCCCGCGCGCCGACGUCGACGACAUCAACGUCGACGUCGAGCAGUCCGCCUCCGCCGGCAAGCCGGCCAAGAAGCGCACCAACCCGCUCGCGACGAUCUCCAACCUCCGCCACAUCCUCAGCGUCCACAAGGCGGCGGGAGCCGUGGGCGGGGCCGUGGGCGGGGCGGUCGACACCGCCGGCGCCGCCUCUCGCGAGACGGCGCUGCUCGCGGGCCGCACGCUGCUGAUGCUGCUCAACAACCCGAUCACCGGCCCGGCCACCAUGCGCAUGCUGCGCGAGGGCCCCGACACCGCCACCGCGCUCCUCGACCUGCUGCUGGUGCCCGUGCUGCCGACGGUGCGCAUGCUCGUGGGCAAAGAGCUGAUUGAGAUGUCCCAGCCUGGCGCGGCCGUCUCCGUCAACAGCGUCAUCACCUUCGCCUUUGCGCGCCGCCUCAAUGUCGAGCCCGGCGACCUGCGCGCGGGCAAGGUCGUCCCGGAGCUGAGCCUGCGCCUCUCACCCCUCGCGGCGGGGCUCGGCGGGAUGGUCAAGAUGGUCGGACAGGGCGGCGCCGCCGUCGGCUCCACGGCCGCGUCCGCCGUGCCCGGCAAGAAGACGAAGAAGGCGAAGGCCGACGACGCGCAGGGCUCGGUGGCGGCGCUCAAGGAGCUGCGCGACGCGGGCAUCAUCUCGGGGCGAGAGUACGAGCGGAAGAAGGCAAAGGCGCUGGGGACGAACGCGGAGAAGGCGGAGGAGUGGCCGGUGGAGUACCGCGACAUCAAGGAGCAGAUCAUCAAGAUGACGCCCACGCUCAAGUUCUCGCUCUCGCUCGGCCAGCUCGACGCCUAUGUCGGCGCGACCGGCUGGCUCGGGUCGCUGCUCUCGGGCUCGACGCAGCCGUCCGAGGCGGCGCUCGCGCGGCUGCGGCUCGAGCGCGUGUCGGUCGAGGCGCGGGUGCGCAUCUUCUGGCACCCGCGCGCGCAGAAGGCCAAGGUCGUGAUGCUGAGCGAGCCGCCGCCCAAGGUGGUUGAGCUGUCGCACGAGCUGACGGUCCUGCGGUCGUGCGCGGUGCCGCCCGAGCUCAACCAGCGGCUGCUCGAGCUGGUGCUGCCAAAGCUGGCGGGCAAGUUCUUCGACAUCGACCUGAAGCCGCCCCGCGGCGAGGACGCCGCGCCGGACAGCGGCGACGAGGCUGCGGGCAGGGCGGGCAAGAAGAAGACGAAGAAGAGCUCCUCGGGGAAGAGGAGCCCGCGGGAGUCCAAGGCGGACGACGAGGCCGCGGACGACGAGUGAGGCGGGGGCGCACCGCCGCGCACCGCUCCUCGCAGAGGCGUCUAUUGCACCAGUGGCGCUGUCGCCGGCCGAGCCGCUCGCCGAAUUUGUUGCGCGAACUGUGAUUAUGCUUAUGGCGCUCUCUUCCGCCUCCCCGUGUCGUCUGCUCUCUGCAACUAACUGCAUCGCCUGGCGAUGGGUCCUCCAUCGUCGGUUGCGGUCGCCGCUCCCUCCUCGACUCCUGCGACUCCUCGUGCCUCUUGUUACCUACGUUCCCUCGGCGGCCGAUGCCGUCCGCUCCGACUCCGCCGUCCGCCGCGAUGCCCUGCUCUCGUCUGCGCUAGUUUCUGCUUCGUCAGUAGUUCAACC